GACCAAAGAGACCCAACAUGGGUUCAGAAAGAUGGGCAUCCUCUAGUUGAAGGUACUACGAAAUACCAAGACUGAUAAAAAGACCACGAGGGGAAAGCAGCACUAGAGAAACGUGUGAUCGCCUCAGGACGUGACAGCCCAAGGGAACAGAAACACCUACCGCGCGAGGACCCCACAACAGCUUGAACACUUUCUCCCUGUGGCGAACGCCAGAGCGGCGGCGGGCGCCGUCCCAGAUGCGUGUCCUCACUCCACCCCGCCGGCCUCUCCUCGGGGGCCCGCACGGCGGGGCCCAGCACACCUCUCCCUUCGCUGGCAGGGGAGCCGGGCGGGAGGCAGGUGCAUCCCCUCCCCGAGGCCUGAGAGAGGUUACCAGUGGGAAGGGUGGCAAGGGGCGCGACAUGACCCAGCGGCUCCCCCGCAACCGGCCGCCAGCCAGUCCCCGCGGGGAGGCGGUGAAAGCCCCGCGGGGCCUAGGCCAGGCCAGGCCCGGCCCGGCCCGGCGCGGCGGGGACGGCAAGCGGGCCCCGUCUUCCCAGGCGCGCAGCGGAGCCCUUCCGGCCGGCCGCCCGCAGCCGCCGGGCAGGGCCGCGCUCCCGCGGCAACCGGCACGCGCAGAGCCCCGAGCUGCAGGGGGGAGGCAGGGCUCAGGCGGCGGCCCGGGCACCGCCGCCCCCCUCGGCGGGCCGCGCCCUCCGGCCGCCGCUGCGCCCGCAGCGCCCCCUGACCGCGCCCGCCCCGGGCAGCGGGGCCGGGGCAGCCACAGCUCUUGGGGUUCCGUGCCCGAAGCGCCUCCCGGGGAACCUCCCUGCCCCAUCUGCCCGGGCCAGACGCCCCCUCUGCGCUGUCCCCACCGCGGCCCGGCCCGGCCCGCUCGGCCCCCAGCGGCCGCGGCGGGGAGCGCGGCGCAGCCCGGCGGCCUCCCCCCACCGAGCCGAGCGGCUAUUUUUAGUAAAUCUCCUCGCGUCGCCACAGGCUGCGAUCGCAGCGCGCAGCCCCUCGCCAGCUGCCGCCGCCCCGCCCCGCCCGCCGCGCACGGCACAGGCUCGCCCCGCCGCCGGCGCUAUGGCCACCUAAUCCCCGCGGCAGUCGCCGCCGCAACUUUUUCUCGCCGCUCCGCUCCUUCCCCCGCCGCCCCGGUGGAGGAUGGCAGUUGGGGGAAGGACUGGAAGUUGCAGCCCGCGAGCGAAGAGAUAAGGCGGAGGCGCGGGAAGAUUCACCUCACUUCUGGGAGAACCUCAAAACCUGAACAACUUCUGCUGCAAUUUGGCUUUACACCAUCAAGAAGUUACCAUUCCUUCAAGAGCAAUGAGCUCCACAACACCAGAACAGCCUUGCUAGCUUUCUAAAUCACCAUGAGUUACAUAAACGAGACCAUGCACGCUCUAACUGUUAUCCAGCUACAGGAGAUCCUCUUGGAAUUCUUCAAGUUUUUCUCUCAUUCAUGUCAGUAACAAAUUUCACCACUUCAGUCUUCACUGCAUUGCUGUGUCUGAUGCUGGAUUCUCAGCAAAUCUACACUGUUCUUAAAAGUUUUGGUGGACCUGUGACAAGAUACACGAGUGAGGGAUUUGGUCAAUGCUACUUUCAUUUGCAACCGAACUGGAAUUAUGCAACUAUAUGAUCAUCCCAGCUUUCAUUAAAGCAAACAAUCCAAUGGAACAAAACCAGCCUUAUCCCUUCGUGCCUCCACCUAGACCCUUGAGCAACACAGCUACAGCAGCCUGGUCUUGGAGGUGGCAGGGAGAAGCUCCUGGGUGUUCUCCCUGAUGCCUAGCGAAGGGAAGCCCACAGUGGGAGCACUAGUUAAAUUCCCUUUCCUCUCCUAGCUGCCAUUUUUGGGAACCUAACAUGUUUUACACCCUAUUCAUUCUAUGAAUUCAAAAGUUAUUGUGAUGAGGGCCUGACGGAUAAGUUUCAUUUCCUUAGGAAACCAGGCUAAAAAUAAGUUUUCAACUCUUCUGUAUGCAGAGGAAAAAUUUUCAAAUGUUAGUAACAAAUCUGUUGCAAAGUGGGAGGCAAAAAGUGAUUGUUUUAAAAAUAUGACAUUUUAGCCAAAUAGUGUGUGGGACCUGUUGUUUUAAUUUUUAAGGUAUUGGGUUGUCAAUUCUUUCUUCCUUUCUCUCUAGCCCCCAGAUAUACUUGGUGCUGUUCCUGAGGCCAUCUCUUUUUGGUCUUAGAAACAGCCAUUGUGGCUUAGAAGUCUUAAAACCUAAUUAUCUGUGUUACCAGAGCCGUUUAACCUCUGGGACCCCAAAGCUGUCUAGUGUUUCAGAGCAUUGUUCGCAAUCCAGUAUUUCAUCUCAAAGCAAUUUUUAUAUUAUCCAUUCCAAAAUUUGUGGUGUUUGUAGUCAUAACAAGUGUAGACUUACUGUUCAUAUUAACUGUUCAAUUGACUGUCGCUGAAAUUAAUUAACUUCACUGGAUUCUGAAUAUUGGGGGGGGGGGGGGAAUUCUUUCAAGCCAAGAAACCUACUUUUUUGACAUCUGUCUCCAAGCACAGCUUGCUGCUAGACAGUUUUCCUCCUCUAGCUCAUUUUUUUCUCUUCCAGUUAGUUGUAAGUGAAGGGGUGCACAAACAAAUGUAAAUAAUUCCAAGGUGACUUUUUCUGUGCCUUUUCUGUGCUAUGUGGUGUUAAUGUUACAGAAAAGGUUGCUGCACAACCCCCACCUCCUCCCAAAUACAUUUUUCCAGUUUAAAACAGUACCGUUUCUGUAUCCAUAACAGGCAAAAUAAAUAAUAUUACAAAAAGGCAGGUCAGGUCUUAAAAUCAAACUUGUGAGUGGGGAAUAUGUAGCACUCAAAGUAGUCUUCAGUUACUGAGGUUUUUUUUAUACAUGAAGUGUAAUGCAAGUCAGCAUACUGUAUAUGACCACUGCUGUCAGUGUGAGGGUACAUAGGAUAUUUUAAAUAAUGUUUCUAAAAUCUGAUCACGUAAUACUUCUGUAGGUGGGAGGAGGUCAGAAGGAGGAAUGGUGAGGGAGAGUCUUUAAUAUUGUACUAUCUAUGUAGUUGUUUCUGGAGGCAUGCAGAAAAAAUGAAGCUAUCUAAGAUUUCACAGUUUAUAGAAGAUACUUAGGAGUUCCACCAAAAUGUCUGUGGCAAUUGCACAUUGCUUUGCUUCAUCUGCCUGUAACCUCCCUCCCCAUCAUAGGUAUUUGGAAGGUCCAGCCUGCAUUUGUCAUCUUCUGUAGUUCCUGUGGAGAGCAAAUGACACAUGGGCCAUGAUUAGAAUUUUAUAUAAUUUCCAUGGUGCACUCCCACCUUCAGUGCCUGAGCGCUUAUAGGAAAUGAAACUUCCGUUGUGUUUAGAAUAAAGGCAGGGUUUGAUAUUUCCCAGGACUUUUUAUAAUCCAAAAGGAAGAUUAUGGUUAUGAAGCCCAAAUUAGUCACAAUUGGAGGGUUUGUAACUUGUAGGAAGUAGAACCUUUUAAAGCUUCUCUGAACCUUCUAAGUUGCUUCCUCUAUAUCUCAGAUGUCAGCAUGUCUUUCUGGCAGUAUAAGUUUCAUGAGGUAAUAGAGAAUUUUGAAUAAUACAAUUCACCGAGUAGUGUGAUUGAUUUUGUUGAUCCAAUUUUCUACCCAGUGUUGGUGGAAGAUGAAAUGGAACAGAAUUAGUUUGAAUAGUAUACAGGAGUUCUGUAGGAACAGAGUUAAAAUUGUCAAAUAACAACUUGAGAAUAUUUUAAUAGAGGCUGGAAAACAUUUGUCCUAUUUGAGUUUCUGUCUAGAAGGGCACCUCUUGUGUCAUAAAUAUUGGUAAGUAAUUUUAUUCUCAAUCAUAAUUUUUUCAUUGAAUAUCCUUGUAUGAGCCAUGAUCGUUGCACAUCUGCAUUUGAAAGUACCGGAAGCAGGAUAGUGUAGAACUCGGUGAGAAAGCUUAAAAAGCCCUGUAUUUACAGCUGGAUUUGAUGUACUAUUGCAGUGAAAUAGCAGAUGCUGACAAUUAUUAUCACUGUGACCGCUCUUCAGUGCUGUUAUAUUUUUCAAAUUAUGCUCAGCUCACUAAUUUGAUACUCUUAACCAAGGCUGUUACGAGAGCUCUCUUAUUUCAUUAUUUAUAAUUACUUUUGGCUUUGUAAAUGAAAACAAUGCUGCUGAUGAUUCCAUAAUUUAUAAUCCUGGUAAUUGUAGAUUUUCAUUAGCUUAUUAUUAUUUGUCAAAUCUUUGUUGUGCAAAAGAUCGUUAUUGCUGCUGUUUAUUUAAGAAAUGGUCAUAUGACUUGGGAGGUUUCUUCUUUCUUUCACAUGGGAUCUAUUUGCAAAUUCUAUGCAUUUUGUACAAAUAAGACACAAAGAUUGCAGGACUUAAUACAUUGUUUUCAUACAGCAGAAAAUAUUCACUAAAUAAAUCAUUUGGAAAUAAAUAGUACAAUUUGUU